AUGACAGACACAGAGGAAACCAAGAUCACGCCCAUUGCCAUCGUCGGCUGUGGAGGUCGAUUUCCCGGGGAUGCGUCCAACCCUGACCUUCUUUGGGAAAUACUCAUGGACGCAAAAAGCACCCUGUCAGAUACGCCCAAAGAUCGUUUCAAUGCGGACGCCUUCUACCAUCCGCAGCCCAGUCGGCCAGGGUCUCAGAACUUCAAGGCUGCUCACUUCAUGAACCGCGUGAUUGACGCUUUCGAUGCGCCUUUUUUCUCCAUCACGCCAUCAGAGGCAAAGGCAAUGGAUCCCCAGCAGCGAAUGUGCUUGGAAGUUGCGUACGAGGCGAUGGAAAACGCGGGUAUUACCCUCAGCAAGGCCUCCGGGUCUCAGACUUCAUGUUACGUGGGAUGCUUCAACCACGAUUAUCAGAAUAUCAUUAACAGGGACCCCGAGACCCUGCCUUUCUACAAUGCAACCGGGACGGAGGCUUCGUGUCUUUCCAACCGCGUGUCGUGGUUCUUUAACCUGACAGGUCCAAGUAUGACAGUUGAUACGGCGUGCUCGUCAUCGCUAGUGGCCCUUCAUCUCGCGUGCCAGAGCAUUCGAAGUGGGGAGUCAGAGAUGAUGAUAUCGCCGGAGGGCAAGUCCAAGACGUUCGAUGCAAAAGCUGACGGAUACGGCCGUGGUGAAGGAACGUGUUUCGUCGUGGUCAAAUCCCUCGAGAAGGCGAUCGAGGACAAUGACGUGAUCAGGGCAGUUAUCUGCAACACUGGUAGUAACCAGGAUGGAAACACUCCGGGUCUAACCUUGCCUUCAAGAAGCAUGCAAGAAGCCUUGAUACGUAAGGUAUAUGACGAGGUGGGCCUGAAUAUGGAAGAAACCGGUUACUUCGAAGCCCAUGGCACCGGUACUGUCGCAGGCGACUCUACAGAGACGCGAGCCUUAGGCGAGACAAUCGGCAAAUCGAGGCUACCAGGCCAGCCACUUUGGGUGGGAUCGAUCAAGGCCAACAUCGGGCACCUCGAAGGAGCCAGCGGAUUAGCAGCAUUAAUCAAGACGAUCUAUGUUCUGGAGAAAGGAAUUAUACCCCCACAGAUAUGGUACGAAGACACCAACCCUCGUAUACGCCUCAAAGAAUGGAAUCUCGCUGUGCCGACGGAAGUAACGCAAUGGCCAUAUCCGGGACCACGAAGGGCCAGCGUGAACUCGUUCGGAUUUGCCGGAGCAAAUGCCCACGCUAUUCUGGAAGAUGCAGCUUCCUAUCUCAAAAGAAGCGGCAAGACUGGUCGCCAUAUCUCCAAGGCCGCGGAAGAGUCCUCCCACAGCCCGACAAGAUCCCAGGUGUCUGAUGACUCGGGCUUCUCAACGGUGGACGAUGAAAUCUCCAACGUUAAGGCGUUUCCAAAGCUGGUCGUGUGGUCCGCUCACGAGCAAGGCGGGUUGAACCGUAUUUCUGACUCCUGGAAGGAGUACUUGAGUAUGAAAACUAGCAUGUACAGUCAACCGGAACAGUACAGACUUCUCAGGGACCUCGCGUAUACGGCAUCAAAAAAGCGCACUCAGUUCCCAUGGAGGUCGUUUGCUGUCUGCUCUAAUCCUGAGGAACUCGCCACUGGACAGGUAGAUAUAGCUCCACCUGUGCGAACAUCCCAAAAACCAAAACUUGCCUUUGUUUUCACCGGCCAGGGGGCACAGCACUACGCCAUGGGUCGGCGACUGAUGGCAUACGACGCCUACGCUGAGAGCUUGCGUGCGGCCGAUAAAUACCUGGAUUCACUCGGCUGCCCGUGGUCGCUCGUACAGGAGCUUUUACGUGACGCAGAGUCCUCACGGAUCAACCCAGCUGAAUUUAGCCAGCCUCUCUGCAUUGCAGUGCAGGUGGCGUUGGUUGAUCUUUUGCGAAGCUUAGGCGUCUGGCCACCGGAACUCGUGAUCGGACAUUCCGGGGGAGAAACAGCCGCCGCGUACGCCAAGGGUGCUCUGACUAGGGAAUCGGCCUGGAAAGUUGCAUAUCACCGUGGACGUGUAUGCUCCAUCGUGCCGGACGCUAAUCCAGAGCUAGAGCUGGAUGGUGACAUGCUGGCCGCUGGGAUCAGCGAGGAGACCGCCAAGGAAUACAUAAAAGACGUCAAGGAUGUGCAUGGCGGAGAGCUGGUUGUGGCUUGCGUCAACAGCCCAACCAGCGUGACUUUUUCUGGCGACGUCCCUGUCAUCAUCGAAGCAGAAAAGCUCAUCAAAGCUGAUGGCCAUCUAGCCAAGAGACUGGGGGUGAAUCGAGCCUAUCACUCAGGCCAUAUGAAGGUGGUUGCGGACAUGUACCACGAUCUCCUGAAAGACGUCAAAGGCCUUCCAGAAACUCCUGACUCGCCGAAAAUGUACUCUUGUGUGACUGGGGAGCUCAUUGAUAAUGCUGACCUCGGUGGAGAGUAUUGGGUGACCAAUCUUCUAAACCAGGUCAAGUUCUCGCAGGCCAUGACCGGCCUCAUCACCCACUCCAAUAACCGCAGAGCGAAACAAAACAGAGGAUAUUGCUCUGUCAACAUAAUGUUGGAGGUUGGUCCCCAUGGGGCUCUUCAAGGCCCUGUGAAGCAGAAUCUGAAAGCAGCAGACGCUCAGUGUACCACUAUAUCGGUGUUGGACCGCAAAAAGGACGCAGCCCAGAGCCUCCUGGAAGCAAUGGGUGUGCUGUUUCAACAUGGAUAUCAGUCGGACAUUGCAGCAGCAAACUGUCCUGAUUCGAACGACAUACCGAAACCUCUGGUUGAUCUUCCACCAUAUCCAUGGAACCACUCGAACCGCUACUGGCACGAGUCUGCCGUAGCAUCUAGCUACCGCUUCAAGAAAUUCCCGCGGAAGGACUUGCUUGGGCUGAGAGAUAAUGAAGACAACGACAAUCAUCCCCGUUGGCGUCACUUUCUACGUCUCUCCGAGAAUCCAUGGAUGGAAGAUCACCAGGUUCAGGGAAAAGUCAUUUACCCAGCUGCAGGAAUGCUCGCAAUGGCUCUGGAGGCAUCGAGAGAAAUCGCGGACGCUGACAGGGCUGUUGAGAAUUUUGAAUUGCGCGAUGUCUCAAUAAAGGCGGCUAUCAUGAUCCCCUCUGGCGAAGAAGGAGUUGAAACCAUGCUUCACAUGCAUCCCCGGGCAAGCGCAGGCCAGGACACCGGAUUAGCACGGAAGGAAUUUUCCAUCUACUCACGGCAGGCACAUAAUCCCUGGACGCUCAAUUGCACAGGGCUUGUGCGCAUUCAGUACAAGUUUGAUGCUAGCACGGAGUGGUUCGUGGACGAGACCAAGGAAGCUAGCGCAAUGUACCGUUCUGGGUACCAGCGUGCGCGCCAGAAUUGUCGGCAAUCCAUCCGUACCGAUGCUUUCUAUUCCGAGCAAUCUGAACUCGGUCUUGAGUUUGGAGGAACAUUCCAGAAUGUCGAAGAUAUUCAUACGAGCGGAAGAGAGAUGGUGUGUGCUGUCCGUACUCCGAACGUCAGGCAGCACAUGCCUCACGGCUUCACCCAUGACCAUUUGAUCCACCCAUGCACACUCGAUCCCAUAGUGCAUUCCUGCCUUGCGAUCCUGAAUGGCGGGGAGUUCGAGAAGGGCGCAUCUGUGCCAAUAUCUAUCGGCCGCAUGAUGGUAUCUGCAAAUGUCUCCGCAGAACCGGGGACAAUAUUUAGCGUUCACUCCACUGCGGAACCAUAUGGUCUGAGAGACGGAGAAGUGACGAUCAAAGCUUCCACCACCGAAUGGGAGAGUCCCCAGAUCAUGUUCGAUCAACUCAGGAUAACUCGUCUGGGAGGCGGAAAGUCCAAGAAUGAGGGUUCAGACGGAAUGAGGAAAAUCGCUAGCAAGAUACAUUGGGACGUGGAUGUCUCGUAUCUGAAAGCCAUGAGGCACACUUCUCACAAUUCUCCUAAGGAAAUUGGGGAGGCAGUAGGCUCAUUAGAGUCGUUUGUUCGACUGCUUGGCCAUAAACACCCCGAUUUGAAGGUCCUCGAGGUGGGUGCAGGAACUGGGGAGAUUACUGAAACUCUUCUCAAUGCGCUGAAGGGUCGCGACGAUGAGUCCACUCCUUGGUUGCAGCUGUACAGGGCAGCGACAGAAAAUGCAGAGGACGUGAAAAGUUUGGAAAAGAUUUCCAACGCAUGGGGACCAUAUUUCAGAGCUAUGCAGCUUGAAACUAAUCGAAGCUGGGAAGAGCAAGCCCUGCAGCCUCAGGACUUCGACUGCAUCAUUAUCAGGGCAAACGUCGAGUCGAACGAUACCGAUGCGCUUCUUGAAAAGGCUCGGUCUUUCCUGAAGGAUCAAGGAAGCCUAAUCAUCCUCCCAUCGGAACUUUUUGCCGACUCUCAAGAUUCUUGGGACCAGCAGCUCCGGAAGCAUAACUUCAAAGGGAUCGAUUAUGCAGUGAUUGAGGAAUAUAGCUCGGUACAAUCACUGCCUUUCCUGGUUUCUUCUCCGGACACUGGACCUGGUCGUAUCCUAGAUGAAGUUCUCAUUGUUGGUCCAUCACACCCUGGCCCCCUGUUCGAAAGUUUGAAGCAGCAAUUGCAACCUCACGGCGUUGAGCCAGUCUAUACAACCCUGUGCCACACCCAAGGCAUGGACCUUUCGACCAAGCACUGCGUAAUCACGUCUGACUUGGAGCGUCCAAUCUUGUUCGACAUAUCGGCGAAGAAUUUCCUCCUACUGAAGCGACUUUUGCUCGAAUCACAGAGCAUACUUUGGGUGACUUCGGGAGCAACUAUAGAGUGCAGGGAGCCAAAAGCCUCUCUGGUCACUGGACUCGUUCGCAGUAUAAACCAAGAGCAUCCGGAACUCUCAUUGACGACGCUUGACGUCGACCCUAGCCGGAAUGACAAUGAAGGGGAUGCCAAUAUCAUUAUCCAGCUUCUCCAGCGUGCUGCGGCAGGAGAUACUGAUCACGAGUUCUCCGUCCGAGAUGGGCUUCUCCAGAUUCCGCGUAUUCGACUCGAUCGUGAACUCAAUCACUACUCGUCUGUUCUUCGAGACGGGCCAAGACCGGAGCCCGGGCCGUUGCAGCAGCAGGGCAGAAACCUCGCUCUGCGUCUCGGGGUCCCUGGGAACGUCGACUCUGUUUAUUUUAUGGACAACCCACCUACGCAGUCGCCUCUCGCAGCAGACGAUGUCGAGAUAGAAGUCAAGGCAACUGGGCUCAGCGCGCUUGACCUUCAGUCGGCCAUAGAUCAGGCCCGUGACCCCGCAUUUGGUUAUGAAUGCAGUGGAGUCAUCAAGGAUGUUGGGUCCAAUGUGGCGGAUUUCACACCGGGGAAUCGGGUCAUGACCUGGUGCACGGGAGCCUUCGCUAACACGGUCCGGAGUCCAGCAUGUCUGGUACAGCCGGCCAGCGGCGUUGGCCAAGCGGCGAUUAUGAUCGCGCAGAAUCUCGGUGCAGAAGUAUAUGUCACUGUUGGGUCCGAGGCGAAACGGUCUCACCUCAUGGAGACGUAUGGCCUUCAAGAGGAUCAUGUCUUCUAUAGCCGUGGAGUCGACUUUUUACACGGCAUCCUGCGUGUCACACAAUCCGUGGGCGUGGACGUCGUCGUAAACUGUUUGUCGGGCGAGUCAGUCCGGCACUCUGGGGCAUGCUUGGCUCCAUUUGGACGCUUUAUUGAGAUAGGACAGAAGCCUUCCGCAGAGCAUACGGACCUCGGUGCGCUUGCUACUAGGAAUCUCUCUUACCAUGUGGUGGACAUCAAUGGCCUCCGCAACGCGAAUCCCAACCGGGCAUCGAAACUGUUCAAGAAGGCCAUGGGAUUCUGUCUAGAAAAGGGCUGUCAGCCGGCGUCUCCUCUCCAAGUCAAGGGAUUCUCCGAGAUAGCGGAUGGUUUGCGGCUUCUCCGCGGUGGCAACCAAAUGGGCAAAGUGGUGUUCAAAGCCACAGGUUCUGAAACGGUUAUGGCCAUUCCACCUCCCAUAAAACCGAUAGAAUUCCUGUCUGAUGCCUCUUAUAUCAUUGUCGGAGGAUUUGGUGGCCUCGGACAACACAUUGCUAAGUGGAUGGCUGGAAAUGGCGCGCGGCAUCUAAUCUUCCUAUCGAGGAGCGGUGGCAACCGCUUAGAAGCAAAAAAGCUGAUAGCGGAUAUCGAGGCCCAGGGGGCAAAUGUCACAGCAUAUCAGUGUGAUAUCAGCAACUUCGAGCAGGUCCAACAAGUGAUGAACGAGAUUACGGCAGAUGGCCGACCACCGGUUCGGGGAGUCGUUCAAGCCGCCAUGUCGCUUGCAGAUGCAACUUUUAGGCAAAUGACGCCUAAGCAGUGGGAGCUGAGCACGAACACGAAAGCGCGUGGGACAUGGAACAUCCACUUAACCACACCUAGAGAUCUGGACUUUUUCAUCAUGUUGUCGUCGGUCUCUGGGAUCAUUGGACUGCGGGGCCAAGCAAACUAUGCUGCUGGUAACACAUUCUUGGAUGCACUGGCGCGUCACCGCCGGGCUCAAGGUAUGGCGGCUAUGGCAAUUGAUGUCGGUGCUGUGUUUGACGUGGGAUACAUGGCCGAGAAAUCCGACAUGAAGGAGAUGAUGCGAAACUUGGGAUUUAUUGGACUCACUGGGGCUGAGCUCGUGGGUAUCCUUCAGACCGGCAUUGGUAAUGGAGAUGUCCACGAUCCAGACAGUGCUCAGGUUAUCUUGGGUCUCGCAUCAGGUGGAUAUCUUGCUGCUGAAGGGAUCGAUAUGCCAUACUACUUCUCUGAUUCGAAGAUGGCGCACCUCAAACGAAUCGGCGCGACUGGUGAAGGUGAAGGUGCUUCUGGUCCUGGCUUAUCGGAACAGCUCGGGAAAGCAACCAAUCGUGCGGCCGCUGCAGAAGCAGUCUCUGAGGCCCUCCGGGCCAGACUCGCCAAACAAAUGAUGGUUGAUGUUGACGACGUUGAUGGGUCGAAACCGGUCAGUGGGUAUGGUGUGGAUAGUCUGACAGCGGUGGAUAUUCGAGCGUGGACUAUGAAGGAGGCGCAAGCUGAUAUCUCCAUCCUGGACAUUGUGAACAAUUCGUCCAUCAUGUCCUUGGCGGAGACUAUUGUUGGAAACUCGAAGAUCAUGGCAAAUAAGAACCUGGAGGAGUAG